CGAUUUUCUGUCAAGCCUGUCGCUUCCUGAUCACCGUGGAAGAGAAAUCGGAAGUAUGGCGUUCUCAAGAGACUCGGGUUGCGGAGAUCAAAACUUCAACUUUUUUUUGGCAGAAAAAAAAGCGCCAAAGCGGUGGCUGACUCAGCGUGUAGCUGGACGGAAGCUCCAGGCGUCAAGCUCACCGCGCGGCGCUCCUCACUUGAUCACUACUUCCCUUCGUCCUGAUCAUCUAACUUGCUCUAUUCUUUUAUUUUCAAUUAAUUUCCCAACUAACCGCAAACAUGUUCUUUUGGGUAUCGCCGGCAAGGACUUCGUCAUUCUCGCUGCAUCCAAGGCCGCAAUGAGAGGGCCGACAGUUCUCAAGGCUGAGGACGAUAAGACAAGGCAGUUGAACAAGCACACAGUCAUGGCCUUUUCUGGGGAGUCUGGAGACACUAUUCAAUUCGCCGAAUACAUCCAAGCCAACGCUGCACUCUACAGUAUGCGCAAUGAUACUGAACUCAGCCCCUCUGCAGUCGCCAAUUUCGUCCGAGGAGAACUGGCGCGCAGUCUACGAUCACGGAGUCCUUACACAGUAAACCUGCUGCUUGGUGGUAUAGAUCCAGUCUCCGAGAAGCCUCAUCUGUACUGGGUUGACUACCUUGCGUCAUUGGCGCCCCUACCAUAUGCCGCCCACGGCUACGCACAAUACUACUGCCUCUCCAUUCUUGACAAACACCACAACCCCGACAUUUCGCUUGAGGAGGGUCUUAAGCUCCUCGGCUUGUGUACAGAUGAGCUGAAGCGCCGACUUCCCAUUGAUUACAAGGGUGUUUUGGUGAAGGUGAUCACGAAGGACGGCGUGCAGGAGAUUCCUUUCGAUAACGAUAAGAUUGUUCGGAGUGCUUGA